AUGUGGCACUGCCACAAGCCUCUGUGUGCCACAAAGAAUACCUCUUCCACUGCUGUUGACAAUUUUGCAACACGUCCCGAGUUUCAAGUCAAACAUGAAAGGGUUUUACAGAAUCUCCUAGCGCUACAACGAUUUCAUCCUGAUUACAUCUCUGUUGAGAUAGAUCAUCAGACAUUGGCAAGUCUUCCUGAAAAUGGAUCGGUCUUUCAUCAACUUCGAUCUACAGUAUUAGAGGACUCCAACACAUCAAAUGACAGUGAUCAAGGUCCCAUCCUAGAUGAGGACAACGUGGAAGCUGGACUAGUCACUGAAGGAGUGAUUCCAAAUGUUGGUGGAGGGGUGCAUGUCAUCACCGAGACACGCAAUGUGCUGCAAAAUAUCGUCCAGCAAGAUAUCGUCCUUUCGGCUCCAAUCAUCAGAUCAACUCUUGUAAAUGAGCAGGCGAGUCAAUCUCUUUCCUGA